GCUGUCCACGGCGCGCGCGUCCUUCCGGUUAUGGGAUGAAACGCCUUGGUGCUCAGUUCAGGUGCAGUGUUUUUGUUUCUUUGAACCUAUUGAGUGUGUUUCAACUACCUCAGGGUGACGGCAUGCGAUUUCAAGGUUGAUUUAAUUUAAUUGUAUAUGCCUUUCUUUGCCUCUAUCUCGUGUCAUUCAAACCUGCCAGUAGCAUGACUAACGGGUUAUCAACACAGCUGACAUGACGCCUUUCGUCUAACAGGAGUGAAGCUGGUCUGGUUGCCAUGGAAACGGAGACUGAGAACCAAUCAGUGUUUGUGGACCUUGACUUUCCAGCUGAUGAUUCCUCAGUCUUCUGUGAUUACACCACGCCUCUCUCCAAAUUGUUGGGUGAUGUCACAUGGCUCCGCCCACAGGAAAUCUGCAAGCAGCCUCAACUCUUCCCUGAUGACCCUGUGCAGGCCCACCCAAAGCAAGGCAUUCUGGGAGACUGCUGGUUGCUCUGUGCCUGCUCCAUGUUACUCAAGAACCAGCAUCUUCUGAACAAGGUAUUUCCACCGGAACAGCCUUUGUGGGGCGACUGUGCAUAUCACGGUGAGUUCCGGUUUCGAUUCUGGCGGAACGGGGACUGGAUAGAGGUACGGGUGGAUGACCGGCUGCCCUGUAUCAAUGACACUCUCUGCUUCUCACGAUGCCAGAGCCCUAGGGCAUUCUGGGUAGCACUUUUGGAGAAAGCAUAUGCCAAGCUACAUGGUUCAUAUGAGCGUUUGUGGGCAGGCCAAGUAUGUGAGGCAGUGGUGGACCUGAGCGGAACCAUUGUGGUACGAUGGAGUCUAAAAGGGGCGGAGUCAUCACCACAGUCCAACGACACCCAGAUUCAACACACCGCUAACGGGACGAGUCUAUCUCAACUCUCGCUGGAGCUGAAGGAGCGAUGUGCCAUCAGCUGCUGUGUUCACAGUGCCUCCAUGGGUGUCCCAGAGCUUGGCCAGUUCCAUGCCAUGAGUGUGGUGGAGUGGACAAAUGUGACAACGACUACAGGCGAACAAGUGGAGCUGAUCAGGAUAAGAAACCCCUGGGGGAGGAGGAGCUGGGCCGGGGUGUGGAGGGAGAGCGGAUCAGGAUGGGCUUCUCUGGAGGCCUCCUGCGCUCAGGCUUUACUGCGCCGCACAGCAGAGGGAGAAUUCUGGAUGGACGUGACAGAAUUCCAGCAGGAAUUUGACGAGGUCACGGUGGGCUAUCCCAUCAGUGUUGCUGGACACCUCCAAAGCAUCUACACAGGAAGCUUUCUAACCCACAGCCACCAGACAAGAGGUCGCUGGGUUAAAGGUCACUCUGCAGGCGGUUGCCGCAACAACAGCACUUUUAUCAGCAACCCUAAGUUCUGGUUGAAAGUGUGCGAGAGAGGAGAAGUGUUGCUGUCUUUGCUUCAGUACGGAAUCCCUGAACCCGCAGCAGAGGGCGGCACUCAUCCACACCUCCAGGCCAUUGCACUACAUGUGUGGAAGGUGGAGAAGAAACACUUUAACCUGGUGCGGACACUGAACAAGCCUCCGCUUGUGUCACACACACAUGCGUAUGAUCGGGAAGUGGCUGUAGACACUCACCUGAAUGCUGGUUUUUACCUGCUGGUGCCCAGUACCUUCCUGCAGGGAGUCGAGGGCCGCUUCCUCUUGAGAGUUCACUCUUCCUGCUCUACCUCUCUCAGUGUGAUGAAAUCAGCUCCUCCUCCUCUUCAGCACUGUUCAGAGGGCGAGUGGGAAGCCAUCAGCUCUCAUGGCUCUUGGUCUGUUGGUUCUACUGCUGGAGGAAGUCGCAACUUCGCCACACAUGGACACAACCCCCGUAUACCCCUAACUGUGACCUAUGACCCUGGAGGUAACAACGUAAGGGUCUCUCUUCACCAAAACAGGCCUGAAAAUGCCCUUCAUGCCAUCGGAUUUCAUAUUUAUAAGGUACCUGAGGGUGGUUCUGGCUCCCUGUUAACCCCUGGUUCCAUGUGUCCUGUGGUUAGUUGUGUACCUCAUGCCCACUCCCAGGAGCUCAGUGUGUUUUGCCAUCUACACCCGGGCGAGUAUGUCGUAAUUCCCUCCACAUACCAGCCGGAACUUAGCGCUCACUUCACGCUCACUCUUCUACGCAGGAUACACCGGAAAGCAAUGCAGAGUGAAGAGCUUCUGGGCCAUGCUGUGCAGGAGGUCUCCUGUGUCUCUGUGAUGAGAUGACAGUCUGGGGAAGUGGAUCAGAUGCCCAUGUUGAGAUGAAAUCUCACGAGAGGGUGUGUGGCAUGAAGCCCGAGCAUAGCCUCGUCCACUGGCCUGAUCUCUAAUGGGAGCCACUGGUGCACAUCACUCACCUCAAACAACUACCAAAAGCCAUCGGCAGUGGAUAAAUCAUGGUAUAUAACAUGUAGGCUAUUGUCACAAUGGUCGCAAGGAUUCUUGGCCUAUUAAUAUAGCAUUCGCUGAUGUGUGUGACGGCUUCGAAUGUGGCCAGAAUUUGUGUUGGAACGAUACAUUUUAUAAAAUUAUUGUAAUAUCUUUUGUUUUACUGUGAUGUACUUUAAAUAUGUACUGAUACCAGAUUUAUUUAUUGUGAAUGAUCACAGAUUUAUAAUUAAUGAUCUUAUCUUUAGGUUUUUGUCCAAAGCAAAGGUGAAAAUAAUCAAAUUAGAAGUACCUUUUAUUUUUGAGUGUUUCGUUUACUAGAUUAUCUAAAAACAGGCAUUACCAUGUGAUUAUUCAGUAUAAACACUUUGUUGGAUUUCCAGCUAAAAUUUGUAUUACUUGAUAUUUAAGGUACGGUAACUGUGAUAGAUUGAUCAGAAAGAGAGAAAAGCAAAAAGAACCAGGGAUCAUUAGAAAAACAAGGAUGCAGAGGAUGAAUAAAUAUGGGGGUAUUAUUGGCAAAAGAAGGGUAGACAUUGAUUGAAUAAAGGGUGUGCGGCUCUACUGAAGCUCCAGCUCUCUCUGAAGUGUGCCGCAGAGUUGGAGCCCCUCACACAGGCGCUGCCCGUCGGCCUCUGUGAGCGCUAAUUGUGUGUGUGUGUGUGAGUGAGAGAAGGUCUGCAGGCCUGUUAGUGCCGCACUAUUGACGAACUAACGCUGUCACUGCCGCCUUGAUCCAGCCCUUGGAGCCGCUGCACAAUGAUUUGCUAUGUGACUCAAAUACUGUUGUGACCCUUUCCUCCUCCUGUGCGUGUCUAUUAUAUGUAUAGAAAUAUUCAUUAAAUUAUUUUGAAUUUAAA